AUGUCAAGCAAGUCCGCUCUCAAGGCAGUGCGAACGGCGCUGGAUGCGAAGGAUUUUGAGCUUGCAGCUGAGAAAGUCAAAGCGUUGGUGCAGCAAGAGCCUCAAAACUACCAUGCAAAUGUCUUUCUCGGUCUCGCGCUAGACAAGCUCAACAAGAACAAAGAUGCGGAAAAAGCCUACCUCGCUGCAACCCGGUUGAAAGAAGGAGACAAGACAGCAUGGCAGGGACUUGUCAGCUUAUACGAGAAGCAACAGAAACAAGGAACAGAUAGGCUGGAUGCAUACCGUGACGCCGUCAUCAGCUUGUGCCAGAUAUUUGCCGAGGCGGAUGACAAGCACCGCAGUCAAGAUGUCGUGGACAAGUACGUCGCGUUCACGAAGAAGAAUGGCUCACGCGCCCAAUACCGGAAAGCUCUGGAGCUACAUCUACCAGACAGUCCCAUCUAUUCUAUCCUCGAAGGACGGAUACCACACCCUUCUCACACCUACCUGCGCUUGAUUGAGAUGACCGAGUCCGAGGAAAAGGAGUUCAUCAAUAGAGAAAUCGGGGAGCGACGGACUCGCCUGGGCGCAAGAAUUGAUCAAGUCAUACUCGAAGUCAAACGAGAGGCAUUCAAGCGAAUCGAUUGGUCCCAUGAUGAUCAAGUUCGGCGUACGUAUGAGGAGAAAUUGCUGGAGAGGGGAUGCGACGUACUGGCAGUUCUUCCUCCGUCUGAAAAGGAGGCGAAGCGGGCGGAAGUCUGGAAAGCUGCCCAUGAUAUGGUCAUCAUUAAACACCCUUUCGAGCUAGCUUGGACGAUUUCCCUGGAAUGGCAAGAUGUUCAAAACUUCUCGGAAUGGGACUUGGGCUUCUUGCAAGACUUUAUCGAGUUCUUCCCUGAGCUAGGCCUCUCCAAGCUCCUGAAGGGCUUCCUAGCCAGUGAUAUCUCGCCAUUUCCCAAAGAGUCCCGGGAUUCGUCGCCGAAGGAGCAGGAGGCGGAGAAUGGGCAGAGCGACAAUCAGGAAUUGGCCGCUCAUGAUAGUUUGAUCUUGAUGGUGGAAGGACUAGAGACGUCGUCCUCAUCAAUUGUUGCUCAUCGAAUAAUGGCCGAGCUCUACCUGUCCCUUGAGGAAUACGAGAGCGCGGCAGAUGUCUCUCGUAAAGGACUCGUCAAUACCCAGGAUCUGUUCAAAAUGUCCGGUUUGAGCCUACGCAAUACUGUUGACUGCUUGAACAUAGUCCUUGCGAACUCUCUCAUUUACUACCAAUCACCUCGGAAUCACCCCGAGGCAAAGGCUAUAUUCGACGAGAUUCUGUCCAGGAAUCCCACUUCAACCAGUUGCCUCCUGGGAGUUGGCCUGAUUCUCAAAGUUGACGAAGACUACUCGGAAGCGGUUAAUUUCCUUGAGCGCGCGUUAGAUCGGGAUCCGACCAAUAUCAAGGUCCGUGGCGAACUCUCCUGGUGUAGAGCGUUGAACGGGGAUCUGUCUUCCGGUCUCGAUGGACUGCAAGAUGUUCUUGCAGAGUUGGAAAACUCCCGGUCAGAGAACAGGGAGUUCAAAGCCGAGAUCUAUUACCGGAUAGGUUACUGUCAAUGGGAAAUGGAUCCAUCGCCAGCCGCUCGCAAAGACCGCAAUGGCGCGUACGCAAACUUCCUUGCAUCGAUUCAGUCCAACAUGAACUACGCACCUGCGUACACCAGUCUGGGUCUGUACUAUGCCGACUAUAAGAAAGACAAGACCAGGGCUCGCCGAUGCUUUCACAAAGCUUUCGAACUAUCCCCAUCGGAAAUUGAAGCAGCGCAAAGACUCGCAAAAGCGUUCGCGAACCAGAAGGAAUGGGACCUGGUCGAAGCGGUCUCCCAGCGCGUGGUAGACUCGGGUAAAGCAAAACCGGCUCCCGGGUCCAAGCGGAAAGGAUAUAGCUGGCCAUAUGCAGCGCUGGGCACCGUUCAGAUCAACAAGCAGCAAUAUACUAAAAGCAUUGUGUCCUUCCAAGCCGCUCUUCGAAUUUCACCCGGCGAUUACCACUCAUGGGUCGGUUUGGGCGAGAGCUACCAUCAUUCAGGAAGGUUCAUUGCUGCCACCAAAGCAUUUGAGCAUGCCCAGCAGCUAGAAGAGUCUCUCUCCAACGAUGACAAGGAGCAGAUCUGGUUUGCUCGAUACAUGUUAGCGAAUGUCAAGCGCGAGCUCGCGGAAUAUGACGACGCGAUAAGAAGAUACGAGGAAGUUCUCGCUUUCAGGCCCAAUGAAUUCGGUGUCUCCAUUGCUCUCCUGCAAACACUGACAGAAAAUUCAUGGAAGAGCUUAGAGCUUGGUCUGUUCAACGACUGUGUUGAGCUUGCACGCAAAGCUAUUAUGGUAGCAACAUCGCUCGCCGCCGAAAGGGUCGAUAUUUUCAAUCUGUGGAAGGGUGUAGGAGAUGCGUGCUCAAUGUUCUCCUACGUGAGGCUCAAGGCAGCAAGAUUGCCCAUCAGUGAAGUGCAAGCUUUGCUCAACGCUCAAGCGGACCCUACAGUAUUCGAUAUCCUCACGGAUGUCGACGAGGUGGGCCACCAGCACGUGUCGUUGUUGAAAGAUGAGGAUCAAGAGGCGAUUAGUCCGUCAGAUAAAGCUCUAUACGCCUCGAUCCUAGCAUACAAGCGUGCUAUACAUGUCUCAGUACAAGAUAUUCAUGCCCAAGCGGUGGCUUGGUAUAACCUUGGAUGGGCGGAAUACAGGCUCUACAGGUGCGUCCAAGCAGCGAAGGGGAAGAAACAGUCGCGCAGACUUUUGAAGGCGGCGCUCCGUUGCUUCAAGCGGGCAAUCGAGCUCGAAGCUGGCAACUCGGAAUUCUGGAAUGCUCUUGGAGUGGUGACUACCAACAUGAGUCCUAAGGUGGCUCAGCAUGCUUUCGUACGAAGCCUUCACCUGAACGACAGGAGCGCACAAGUCUGGACCAACCUUGGCGCACUCUACCUCAUCCAUAACGAUCUCCCGCUUGCCAAUGAGGCGUUUACCCGUGCACAGUCUACUGAUCCCGACUACUCUCAAGCAUGGAUUGGGCAAGGGUUCUUGGCUCUGCUAUUUGGUGACCGACGCGAGGCACGUGGCCUCUUCGAACACGCAUUUGACAUUUCCAAUUCAUCGGCUGUCCUUCCCAAACAGCAGUUCACCCUCAGCUUGUUCGAUCACCUCAUGUCCGAUGCGUCUGUUUCGAACGAAGUAUCGCAGCUCAUUCAGCCCUUCUUUGCACUCCAGCAGCUUUGCUCCCAGGAUCCAUCGGAUUUGCCUUUUGUUCAUCUUGCGUCCCUGUUGGCUGAGAGAAUUGGCGAGCUCUCGGAUUCUGAGAGUAAUUUACGGGCUGUUUGUUCCGCCGUCGAAGCGGAAUACGAGGUGUCGGAGUCGACCGCGUCCCUUUCCAAGUUCGCGCAAGCAAACGCCGACAUUGCGCGUGUCCUUCUGGCCCGACAAGAGUUUGAAGAGGCCGCAGAAAAGGCAGAGACUGCCUUGAUGCUGUCCGGCGAGGAGGAUGCUGACAGAUUGGACCCUGAGGCGAACAGAAAACUGCGUCUAUCGGCACAUUUGACUGCUGGUCUGGCGCAUUACUACAUGAAGUCCAUGGACAACGCGAUCGAUAUGUUUCGAGACGCACUCCAAGAGGCAGACAAUGCACCCGACGUUGUGUGCCUUCUUGCCCAAGUGCUCUGGGCGAAGGGAGGGGAGGAGGAACGGGCCGUGGCUCGUCAACAGCUGUUUGAUUGUGUUGAAAGUAACCCUGACCACGUUGGGGCUGUCACACUGCUGGGAGCCAUCGCGCUCCUCGACGAUGACCGGGAUGCGAUUGAGGCAGUUGAAUCUGACCUUCAGAGUAUGAUCACGAGGGAUGAUAUUGAGAUCCACGAGCAGUCGAAGCUGAUCAAGCUCCUGACGGCCAUCUCCACUUUGGGCUUUGGUGAUACCACAGACAUCCCGGAAGAGACAAGACGCCUUGGCGAGGCCACAGCGGCAGUCAUGAGGGCACCUUACCAGCCUCAGGGUUGGAUGGAAUUAUCGGCGGCGUCUAGUGAAGCGGCCCCGGCGGAGAUGGGCGUCAAGAGAGCUUUGCGAAGCGUACCACCUCGAGGGCAUCUGGAUGCCGUUGACCUCUCCGAUGCAUAUGCGCAGACUGGGAAAGCGAGUGAUGCACUGCGGGCAAUCAUGGUUGCGCCAUGGAAACAGAGUGGGUGGGAAGAACUGAAGCAUGCGGUGACUGCCACGACUUCUUAG